AUGUCUGCUGGCAAGAUCCUCGCUGUUCUCUUCAAAGGUGGUGAAUACAACACUCCAAAGCUACUGGGCUCUGCUGAGAAUGCACUUGGUCUGAAGAAGUUCAUCCAGGAACACAACAGAUCCAUCUUCUCCACCAGCGAUAAAGGCCCAGAGAUUGACGACUACAUCAAGGAGGCCGAAGUGAUCAUCUCCACCCCAUUUAACCCGGUGUACAUCUCCAAGGAGAGAAUUGACUCUGCAAAGAACUUAAAGUUGCUCAUCACUGCAGGCGUGGGCUCCGACCACGUUGACUUGGAUCACAUCAACAAGUCUGGUCGUGAUAUCUCAGUCUUGGAGGUCACGGGCUCGAACACAACCUCGGUUGCCGAGCACGUUGUCCUGACCAUCUUAUCUCUGGUCAAGAACUUCAUUCCAGCACACCAAAACGCCAUGGAAGGUGGCUGGGAUAUUGCUAAGAUCUCCAGAGAUGCAUAUGACCUGGAAGGCAAGGUUGUGGGCACUAUCGGUGCCGGUAGAAUUGGCUACAAAGUGCUGGAGAGACUGUAUCCAUUCAAGACCAAGGAGCUGCUGUACUAUGACUACCAGCCGUUAUCUGAGGAGCUGCGUUCUAAAGUGGAUGCUAGAAGAGUUGACAGCAUCGAGGAGCUGGUGGCACAGUCUGAUAUCGUCACCAUCAAUGCGCCACUGCACGCCGGCACCAAGAGUCUGGUGAACAAGGAGCUGCUCUCCAAGUUCAAGCCAGGCGCUUUGCUCGUCAACACUGCCCGUGGUGCCAUCUGCAACGCACAGGACGUUGCUGAUGCCGUCAAGUCUGGUCAGUUGAGAGGUUACGGCGGUGACGUUUGGUACCCACAACCAGCUCCAAAGGACCACCCUUGGAGAACCUUGAGCAACCAGUACGGUGACGGUAACGCCAUGACGCCACACGUCUCUGGUGCCAACUUGGAUGCACAGGCCAGAUACGCCCUGGGUGUCAAGAACAUCUUGCAAUCCUACUUCUCCGGUAAAUUCGACUACAGACCUCAAGACGUUAUCUUGUUGCAUGGCCAAUACGCUACAAAGGCCUAUGGUAGUGACAAGGAGGUUGUUGAUGUUAACUGA